CUGAUUCUUGAAUUGUCAGUGCUGUGUUGUGUCUGCUUACUUUUGACAUUUGAACCACUCCCUGUCAAAGUGACACGUCAGUUCUAGGUUAUAUGCAAUGGCAAUUUGUUUAUUUUUCAUACCUUAGCUUAAAACUGUAUUUAUCCAACGACCAAGAUGUUUAAAAAGUUGAAAGAAAAAAUUACCGAAGAGGUAAAAAGCUCUCCUCAGCGUUUCGCUGAAUUUACACAGUCCGUUAGUGAUAGGCUGCAAAACUCAUCUACUCCUGAUAACUUAUUUUCAAUAGGAGAAGACGACGCGAAUACCUCUACAGACAGCACAAGUCAUGGAUUUGCCAGUGUAUCGCUUGUAUCACCAUCCCAAGAACACAGAAGCCGAAGGCUCUCUAAUUCCUCGUUAGCCAGUGAUGUCUCAUUCUUGCCAAGAUACGAGGCUGGUAGCAUGUAUCAUUUACAGUCUGACUUGGAUGUGUCAGCAAGUGAGCUGGAAGAUAAUGUGUCAACUGCAUCCUCAACACUAGGACACCUAAAUAAAGAGCAGAUUUACUCAGCAUUUCAGAAAUCUCAAUCACAGUAUCAUAAAUAUAGGGGGAGAUACACAGAUUUGGCAAGGCAUUACAAAGAACUGGAAAAAGAAAAUACUAAGAUGAAGUCUGUGCUGGUCGAGACGCAAGAUAAAGCAAUAAGAAGGGUAACAGAAUUAAAAGAGCAGUGUGCUUUGGAACAAAAGGCAAAAGCUCACUUAGAAAGUGCAUUAAGAGAUGAGCUUGAUGAAAAAGAAAUUAAACUUAAAUUGUUGCUAUCAAAAAUUGAUCUUUUGCAGAAUGAGAGCAAUCAGAGCUCUUUAAUAAGCAUAGAACCAAAGGAAAAUGAUAAUCAUUCUGAAAAUUUAGAAAAUUUGACGAAAUAUUUGAAUGAUGCUAGAAAGGAAAUAGAAAACCUGAAUGAAAAGAUUCAAGAGAUGAAAGCAAAUAAUAUAGUUUACCAGAGUAAAGAACAAGAGUACAAAAACAAAAUUGCCAAUUUAGAAAAAGAGCUUGACCAAACUUAUGAAAGAGAAAAAAAUACAAAUCUGCAAGUCGCCCAAAACAAGAUGGAAUUGCAUAACGAAAUUUUGAGCAAGGAAACGGAAAUAACUAAUCUGAAAAAGGAAAUGGAAAUUUUGAAACAAAACUUAGAAAUAUACGAAAAUGAUAGCAAACAAAGCAAUAAUUCUAAGAUGGAAAAUCUACAAUCACAAAAUAAAAAACUGAUAGAAAAAUUGGAGCAGUUGAAUCAGAAAUGUAACAGUUUGGAAAGUGAAGUACUUAAAGUUGGUACUUACAAAAUUGAAAUUGAAAAUCUUUCUAAAGAAGUCAAUGAUUUAGAGGCAUUAAAUGAACAGUUAUCAUCAGAGAAUAAAAUUAAAACUGCAGAGAUAGAGGAGUUAUUAACAAAAAAUGCUCAACUUUUUGAAGAUACAGCAAAGGAAAGGAGAGAAUUUGAAAACCAAAUUGAAUCCUUGCGGGAAGAUGCUAAGAAAGGUUUAUUAUCUCUAGAACCAAAAAUGAGAGAAAAACUUCAAAAUGAAUUCUUGCUGAAGGAGGAUAGUUUAAGAAAAGAUUUAGAAGAUAAAUUUAAUAAAUUAUCUUCCAACAACAAUAGUCUCAAAGAUAUUAAAAUACAGAUUUUCCAAAAAGAUGAGCUCAUAAAAAAUAUCACUGAGGAAUUGGAUAGCAUUAGGGAAAGUCUUAGCAUGAAAAUAGAGGACUAUAAUAAUUUAGAAAAGAGUCAUAUAGACCUUAUUGAAGACAGCUCCAAACUCAGAAACAAGAUCGAGCAUCUGGAAAAGGAAAAAAUGAGCAUGGAAUCAUAUGACGAAAAAAUUGUCAGACUUGAAUCCCAUAUAAAUACUCUUCACAGUGAAUUGAAGGAAAGCAAAGAAUUAUUGGAGAAGAAAGAUAAAGAAAUCGUUAGGCUGAGUAAGGAAAAUUUGGCACUUCAACAAGAAGUUGGCAGAACUACAGAAAAAUUGAGGUUGUUAGAAGAAAAGGAUGAAGCAAUAAAGAUAGAUACAUCAGAAUGUAAAUUAUUAGAGUUAAAAGUCAGAAAGUUGGAAGAGGAGAAGCAGACACUUAUAGAUGAAUUUGAAAUGGAAAGGAAAAUGUUUAAUGGCAUCUUGGAGGAUCACAAAGAAUUAAAACAAAGGGAAGAAGACAUUGAGGUUCUUAAGAAGCUAUUGUCAGAGAACAGGGAAGAAAUAAGUCAUUUGAAACAGAGUCUAGAACAAGAAAGAGCGAAGAAUGUUGAGUUGAAUGAUAAGAAGUUACACUUUGAAAAACAGGUGGAAAAGUUAUCAGAAAAACUAAGGAUUUAUCAAGAAAAGGAAGAGGCAUCUGAAAUGGAGAAAACUGAAUGUGCUUUGUUAGAACUAAAACUCAAAAAGCUGGAAGAAGAAAAUAACAGACUGUUAGACUCAUUUGACCAAGAACGUGUAACAUUUUCGAACGACUUAGAUCAACUUAAGAGACAGUUGAGCUCUGCAAAUGAAGACGAAGGAAAAGAUGAGAAUGCGGUCAGUUUAGAGGUGAAACUGAAUGUUAUUAGAAAGCUGUUGAAGGGAAAAGAAGAGCAGAAUGUGAUAUUGGGUAAAGAAAAUUUGAAGAUACAGCAAGAAAAUGAACAGUUGACUAAAAAGCUGAGGAUUCUUGAAGAAAAAUAUGAAGCUAUAGAAGUUGAGAAUACAGAGUGUAAGCUCUUGGAGUUGAAGGUUCAAAAAUUGGAAGAUGAGAAAGAACAGCUCAUACAGGAGUUUGAAAUUGAAAGAAAAAUGUUCAAUGAACUUCUAGAAAAUCAUAAACAAUUAGAGGAGAAAGAAGAAAUUAUAAGUCAACUUGAAGAUAAGCUGUGCAAAGUCAGUGAGGACUUAAGGAGUGUUCAGGAAGAAUUAGCAAAAGAAAAAUGUGAAAAUAUUAGAAUAGCUGAAGAGAAAAUAGUUUUGGAAAAACAAAUCAGUAAACACAAAGAGAAAAUUAGGAUAUUAGAAGAAAGAAAGGAAACGUUGGAAGUCAAUAAGACAGAGUGCAAUAUUUUAGAGAUGAAAUUGCAAAAACUUGAAGAAGAAAAAGAAAGGUUACUAGAGAGUUUUGAAAAUGAAAGGAAAACGUUUAGUGCUGUUAAUAAAAAAAGCAGUGAACAUGUAAAUAAAAUCAAGGCAUUGGAGCAAGAAAACCUGAAUUUAAAGGAGAGUAUUUCCAAAACUAUAGCUGAAAUGAAUAUUUUAAAUGAAAAAAUGAGACUUGGAGCACAAACAUACAAUGAAACUGUAAAUUGUUUAGAAGUUCAAUUAAAAGAUGCUGAGCUAGAACUUAUCAAUCUGAAAAAUAAAAAUAUAGAAUUGCAAGAUGAACUGAAUCGUAAAAAUAAUGAAAUAUCGGAAUUAUCCUCAAAACUUGCGGAUCUAACACAUGCUAUUGAGAGGCAAACUUCAGAUUUCAAUAAUCUUUUACAGCAUACAAAACAGCUUGAUGAACAUAUGGAACAGAUGAAAAAUGCAAAUGCCAUAUCUAUUAAACAAGAAAAAGAAAAGCAAAAUCAACUAACUUUGCAAAUAGAACAGUUCCAAAAGCAGUUAGAUACUAAAACUCAAGAAUAUGAAUUAUUAAAUGCAAAAUUGAAAGAAGUAGAAGAAACAUGUGAAAAAGAAAAGAAAUUGUGUGAGGAAAAGAUGAGAAUUAUAGAAGAUUUACAAAUUAAGAUUUCUGAGCUACAAAAAAUUGAGGAAUCUCAUUCAAAACUAAAGAAGGACCAUAACAUACUUAGUGAUGAGGUUGAGAAAUUGAAGGCUAUCGAAAAUGAAAAGCUGGCACUUGAAAAGCAACUUAAAGUAAGAAUAGAAAGCGAAAAACUACAUGCGGAUGAAAAAGUAAACUUGUUGAAGGGGAUUGAAAACCUCAGAAUGAGAAUUGGAGAGUUAAGUUCGGAAAAUAAUGAACUCAAAGUGUUAUCUAGUCAAGCUACAAAUUCAGAUAAAAAGAUUCGUGAAUUGAUAGAAGAAAGACAAUCUUUACAAAAUCUGAAUGAAAACAUCCGUAAAGAAAUGUCUGAGUUGAGUAAUCGUAAUCAACAACUUACCACAGAUAACAGGAAUGUUGUUGAGGAAAAUCAAAUGUUGUUGAAUGACUUGUCGGAAAUGAAAGUAAAGGUAGAAGCUUUGGAGGAUGAGAAAGCGAAAUUUGACGAAAUCAAAGAUGGAUUGCAACAGAAAAUAGACGAGUCUAACAGCUAUGUAGAUGAAGUCAAAAAGAAACUUUUAGAAGUACAAAAUCAAAAUGGUGAGCUGGUGAAAAAUCAGUCAAAUUCUAAUGAUGUUGAUAUUAGUAAGAUUCAGAAAGACUUUUAUGAAAUCAAAGAAAAAUGUGACAGUUUGUUUUUGGAAAAUAAGAGCUUGAAACAAGAAUAUGGAAAAUUGGAAGAAAAAUGUAAUAAUUUCAGUAAAAUCAAAGAAAAAUUGGAAGCACAAAUAGUCGAGCUUGAAAAGCAAUAUAAUGAACUUCUACAUGAGAAGCAACUUUUGCAGGAUGAGAUACAAGAGUUGAAGAUAUCUCCAAUCAGUUACCAAGGUGCCACAACUUCAAAAUUGGACAAUUUGGAGCUUCUCAAUGACCCAUCAGAACUGAGUAAUAGUGAGAAAGGAAGCUAUUUAGAAGAGAUCAGUAUUCUCAAAGACAAACUCACAAAGUACAAAUCUCUAGACAUAACAAACAAAAGUUCAAUAGAAUUCUACGAAAACGAGCUGCAAAAGUUGAGGAAUCAAAAUGACAAGUUGAAUAGGAGGUUGGAUGAGACGUUAGUGACAUUGAGCCAUUGUGCAGAUUUGUCCAGUUCUACUGAAAUUGAGUAUUUGAGGAAUGUGCUGUUCAACUACAUGAUGGGUAAAGAGAGUUUAGUGCUGGCCAGGGUUAUUGCAGCUGUGUGCAAGUUUGAUCCUCAGCAGACAGAGUUAAUUUUACAGAAGGAGCAGCAGAGACAGUCGUUGCUAGGACAACUUGGCCUUAUUUAACAAUUAGAGGACCCUUCAUACUUAGAGUAAGAGUAAAAUGACUGCCUGUGCUGAAAAAAUCAGGAACAUAUAUAGUUUCAUACAAAAUAAAAUUUCACACAUGAUUACUUCAGCCUCUGGUAUUGUGGAAAAUAAUUCUUCAUCCCAUAAUUUAUCUUAUAAGACAAUUUUAAUAUCUGCUAUAAUAUUGAAAUUAAUAAUACUUUUUGACUUUGUUGAAAUUCUAUUUGUAGUGAAUGUAACAUAAGAGAUGCUUGGAUCAGGCCUAAUCCACUAAUCAAAAUUUACUGAUAGGAGUUCUUAUUUGAUUCUGUGUGGGUAGAUAUGGCCAUUAACACAUGCACUAAGCAAAAUUUAAUUAGCAUUCCAUAGCAGUAUUUUGCAACAUUCAUCAAUGUACUAUAGGGUUUUUUAUGUAUCUAUUUAUUAUUGUUUUAACAUGUAUCUGUCAUUGUAAAUAACUUGUUGUAUAUUGUUAAAAUAAAAUACAUUUUUAUCAAAUAUUACAAUUAUAUAUUGCAGUUGAAAUACAAGAACUUAUAAAAGUUAAUAAAAAAGGAUUAAUUCUAAAUAACAUUGGCACUAGAUAACAUUCUAUUCUGUACAAGUAUUUUUCCUAGUAAAAAAUGUAGGGGUCUUUGCAAUGAAUGGAAGAAUGCGAAACAUUGCAAAAAAUACUGGGAUAUAAAACUAAAACAAUAAAUUAUAUGAUCAAGUUAAAAUAUAGAAAUAGUGCAAUGGCUAUAUACAAGUGAAUGUCUUUACUAUGCAUCUUUGCAGUGAUAAUCCCAUGACAAUUUGAAGCAAACUUCCAUAUAAAACAUUCUAUUACAAUUAAUUAUUAUUCUAAACAUUUCCAAAUAAUCAUUAUCUAAGUAGAAACUAUAAUUAUUGUAUCAAUAAAUAACAUAAAUCCAAAUCUUAAUUGUUACACAAUAUUACUUGAAGGGGCAUGUCUAUUUUUUUAUGUAAACAUACUUCUGUAGUUACAUCAGAACUGAUUUACUUUUUGAGAUAGGUAUAAACAAGAAAGUUGGAAUUAUGAAAAAUAGAGACAAAUCCUCUGAACUUCAAAAAAAAACCAGAAAUAUAUAUUUUAUGGAAAAAAGUUUGACUUGUUUUUAAGGUCUGAGCAAAAAUUUUUAAAAUAUGAUAGUAAAGGGCUAGUGUAGCAAGUACGAG